CGAGAAUUUAGGUAUAUAUUUAUCUGGAUAGAUAGAGAAGCUAAAUUCCUCCUUCAUUUAGUGUGUGUGUGUGUGUGUGUGUGUGUUCUUCGAUUUAGGGCAGAUUUUGUUAGCCAUUGUUACAGUGGUGAAAAGAAUUAUAUUUAAUUGUUUUGUAAAUUAAAAAAAAAGGGGGAAAAACAGAUGGAAUUAGGGAAAUCUGUAAUUGAGGGUUUCAAUUUUAUGUGCAAUGUUCAGUUCUGGAGAAUGGCUGUGCUAUGGACAUUUUCUAUUAUAUUUUCCUAUUUGAAAUUGUUCCGUGAAAGCUUCUUCUCCCAGAAAUCGAAAUGUUACCCUCGAUUUUCUCCGAAAGACUCUAUUUUUACCACUAAGUCUGUGUCGAGGCCCGUCUGCAUAAUAACCGGAGCCACAUCUGGUUUGGGUGCUGCUGCUGCAUAUGCUCUUUCAAAGGAGGGCUUUUACAUUGUUCUUGUCGGGAGAUCAUCUGAACUAUUAUCGAAGGCUAUAUCCGAUAUCAAGAAUCGAAACGGCGAUGCUUGUCUUAAAACUUUCGAGGUUGAUUUAUCUUCGUUCAAGUCAAUUAUCGAGUUCAAACACUCACUUGAGAAAUGGCUGUGGGAUUCAAACAUGCAUCCUUCUAUUCAACUCCUCGUAAAUAAUGCUGGAAUCUUGGCAACUUCUGCUCGAUCCACUUCUGAAGGAUUCGACCAGAUGAUGGCUACUAAUUAUAUCGGUGCAUUUUGUCUCACCAAAGCCUUACUCCCCCUUCUAGAACAUAGCCCAGUUCCUUCUCGUGUAGUCAAUGUCACAUCAUUUACUCAUUGGAACGUUUGUUGCAUGCAGGUUAACAAAGAAACAGUCUCUGGCAAGUGUUUUAUGAAAUCGAAACCCUACCCCUAUGCACACAUUUACGAGUAUUCAAAACUGUGCAUGCUACUCUUUUCGUACGAGCUUCACCGACAAGUUGCUUUAGUGGACAAAUCUCGUCACCUCUCUGUUCUUGCUGUGGACCCCGGAGCAGUAAAAACGAACAUAAUGCGAGAAAUUCCAUGGUGCUUUUCAUGGAUGGCUUUUAAUGUAUUGAAACUUUUGGGUGUUCUUCAAUCUCCUGAAAAUGGUGUAUGCUCGAUUCUUGAUGCUGCACUCGCCUCUCCAGAAGUAUCGGGAGUUUACUUCUUUGGAGGAAACGGCAGAAGUAUGAACUCUUCUCUGCUUUCUUACGAUACUAGGCUUGCGAAGGAUCUUUGGGCUGCUUCGUGCAAUUUUUUCGAAGAAAUGGGAAAUGAAUAGAAUAGAUUAAUAACAUUUGAUUCUUGUUUGUAGAAGUUAAUAAGCAUUGUUUUUUUAUGAACACUAUACAAAUUACAAUAAUUUUGUGACUAAAAGAAAUAUAUUGUUAUAUUUGAGGA